AUGGAUCUCGAGGGGACUACGACCCUGAAGCCCGAGGAAUCGCGAAGUACGCGCGAGGCCGAGGCCGCGUACACGCUGCUCAAGGUCGAGCAGCCCGUCCAGCUCACGAGCACACUGCUUUCGCUCUCGUGCGUGCAGAGCAACCCAAGCGACGCCACGACGCGCAGCUUCGCGCCAGUCCUCCUCCGGCGCGUACUCGAGACCGAAGGCGUCUCGCACCUCGAGCUCCAGUACCGCGCUGCGCUCAAGACGCAGCUCGUGGCCGCUCUUGGCGCCGAGCCGCUCGCGCACGUUCGCCGCAAGCUUGGUCAUGCGAUUGCUGAACUCGCGCGCCUUGAGGCGACGUGGCCCGAGCUCUUGCCGGCGAUCGUUGCACUGACGCAGCACUCGGAUGUCGCCAUGCAAAUCACGUCGCUUGAAGUGCUGGCGACGCUCUGCGAGUACCUCGGCCCGACGCUUGCUUUGCACCACGAGCAGUUUUUCCACCUCUUCUCGACGUUCCUCGGCCACGCCCGCUUGGACUUGCGCGUCGCUGCAGCCAAAGCCAUGGUUGCGUACAUCGUUGUGCUCGAAAGCACGCAGGCCAUGCAGCCGUUCACGCAGCUCUUGGGCCCGCUCCUCCACGUUGUCGAAGCGCUUCUGCACGGCGGCGACGAGCUCCUCGCGCGCGAAGUUCUCUCGGCCGUCCUCGUCCUCAGCGAAGCGCACCCUGCGUUCUUGCAGCUGCACAUCGAGUCCCUUGGCAGUGCGAUGCUCCAGGUCGCGCGCACCCACGCGUUCGAGCCCGAGACGCGCGAACUUGCGCUUGAAAUUCUCGUGUCUCUGUGCACGAAAGCGAGCUCGGCCGGGCGCAGUGCCAAGAGCCUCUUGGAAACUUUGGUGCCGUGCGCUCUCGACCUCAUGACGGAGCUCGAUGACGCCAGUGUUGCCGCGUGGACGGCAGCCUUUGACGAUGCGCCGGAUGCGGACGCGGACGAAGGCCGCACAAGUGACACGGGCGCGUCGGCUCUCCUGCGCUUGACCAACGACAUCGGUGGCAAGGUCAUGCUGCCGAUUGCACUGCCUUUGGUGGCGCAGGCUCUGCAGGCCCCUGCAUGGCAGAAGCGUCACGCUGCCUUGUACGCUCUGGGGCUCAUGGGCGAAGGCGCCAACACGUUGCUGUACAAGGAGCUGCCGUCGCUCCUUCCGGCGGUCGUCCAGCGCCUCGAGGACCCGCACCCGCGCGUUCGGUACGCGGCGCUCUUUUGUCUUGGGCAGUUUACGGAAGACUUUGGGUCCGUCGAACGCGGCAAGAACUUUCAGGCCAAGUUUGGCGCCGACAUCGUCCCGGCGCUCAUUCCGGCCAUCUCGGAACGCGAGACGGUUCUGCGGAACCGCGCUCUCGCAGCGAACGUUAUUUGCACGUUCUGCCACCCCGAGCACUGCAAGCCUACGAACGUGCUCCCGUUCUUGGACCCGCUUCUCUCGACGCUGUUUGCGACGCUUGGCUCGUGCCCCCGCGAGGUGCAAGAGCAAGCGAUUACGGCGGUCGCGUGCAUUGCCACGGUCGUCGGCGACGCCUUCGUUGGCUACUACAACGUCUUUAUGCCCGUGGCCAAGCAAGUGCUCUUGCAUGCCCACGGCAAGCAGUUUGCUCUGCUCCGGGGCAAGGCCAUGGAAAGCGUCGCGCUCAUCGGGCAGGCGGUCGGGAAGGACGCGUUUUUGGCGGACGCGCGCGGCAUCAUGGACAUGCUUCUCAAGCACCAGGAGCUGCACAUGCAAGAAGACGCCGUCUCGGUCGAGGCGCAGUACCUCUCGCAGGCCUGCGUGCGCAUCGGCAGCGUCCUCAAAGAAGACUUUGUGCCGUACCUCCCCGUGCUCGUGCCGCGCCUCCUGGCGCAGGCGUUGACGCCGCCCGACAUUGUCAUCAAGGACGUCCACGAGACGACGGACGCGGGGGACGACGACGACGAUGUGGGCGACGGCAUCGAGCAAGUGAUCGUGGAUGUCCGUGGCCAAGGCAAGAAGAAGGUCCAGAUCCAAACGUCGUCGCUCGAUGAGAAGCUCAUGGGCGUCAACAUGCUCUACCAGUGCGCCAUGGACCUCCAAGGCGCGUUCGCGCCGUACAUCAAGGAGGUACUCUCGGCGCUGCUGCCCUUGUUGCGCUUCGAGUACAUGGAGUCGGUGCGCCUUGUCACGGGCUUUACGCUCGCCAAGCUCGUCUCGGCCGCCGUCGAUGGUUCGGACCCGUCGUCGCCUUUCCCGCACAUGGUCUUUCAGCAGGCGUUUGCCCCGUUGCUGCAGACGCUCGAGGAAGAGAAAGACUUGGAGUGCGUCGCCGGUCUCACGGAGGCCAUCGCCCUCAUGCUCGAAGCGUGCAAGGAGGCCAGCGACAACGGCUACAGCGUCGGCAUUCCGAUCACAGACCUUCCUCACGUCGUCUCCAAGCUCUUGACGGCGGCGCAUGCCAGUGUGAAGCGUCGCAUGGCGCGCGACUAUGGCGGCGCCGACGCCGACGACGCUGACGAAGACGACGAGAACGAAGAGGACGUCGAGGAUUCGAUUCUGCAAAACCUCAUUGAUGCCAUGGGCUGGUGCAUCAAGACGCACAAGGCGGGUGUCCUCCCGCUCUUCUCGCAGCAGUGGCUCCCGUCCAUCGCGCCGUAUCUGGAUCCGUCCUUUCCCGGCGCUGUCCGCGCCCACUUUAUCUGCACCAUCGACGAUGUGCUCGAGCACAGCGGCCCCGAGUUGCUUCCGCAGCUCUUGCCGCACCUCUGGAGCGGCUUGGAAGACAGCAACCCGAACGUGAUUCGCGCCUCGGCCUACGGCGCCGGCGUCUGCGCGCAGUUUGGGGGCCCCAGCUUUGAGCCGCUCUGUGUCGCGACCCUCCAGCGCGUCUGGAGCUGUAUCCAGUCGCUCGAACACGACCAGGUCGAGACGGAACAGGCGGCUGCCCGCGACAACUGCGUUUCGGCGGUCGGCAAGUUUUGUCUCUUCCGGUCAAGCCUCGUGGACGCGCCGACGCUCUUGCGCCUCUGGCUGCACUGCCUCCCGCUGCAGUCGGACGUGCUCGAGGCCCAGGUUGUGCACGCCGACCUCCUCGCGAUGGUCGAGGCGCGCAACAUGGAUUUGCUCGGCGACAACUACAGCCAGCUCGGCGUUGUGCUCCAAAAGUUUGCCGCCAUCCUCGCGCUCAACAUGGACGAAGACGCCGAGCCCGUCCUCGAUGACGAAGGAGAAGAGCGACUCGCGCUGCUCUUGCAGUCGCUGCAGACGUCGGUGCCGGGACCGGCCGUGCAAGCGGCGUGGGCGAGCCUCUCGGCGGACGAGCAGCAAGUGUUUGCAAUGCUCUCGUAGAAACUACUAGUAGUCUGGUUGUGCACAAGUGUCAAUGAUGCUAGAAUCGCCCGUCUUGUCUGGGUUCCGUCGUGUGG